AUGGAAGAUGAGGACAUCACAGGAGAUUGUGGAGGAGAAAAGACAAUGAGCUCCACUAUGGAUGGAGGACUUCACAGUGUGGAUAGACCGUGGAAUCCCUCCGACUCUAAGCAACGUCGUACUGUGAGGGGUGGGGCCAGAAUCAAGGAGGAGGGGGAAUUUUCCCAUCCUGAAUAUGGGGAAAAUUCUUGCCCUGAAUUAAGUUAUUCGUCACGGAAGAGACCUCACAAGAGUGAUAAGAUUCGUAUCUGUUCUGAUUGCGGCAAAUGCUUUUUAUAUAGAUCGGAGUUCAUCAGGCAUCAGAGAUCUCACACGGGGGAAAAGCCGUAUUCCUGUUCUGUGUGUGGAAAACGUUUUACAAUCAAAUCAAACCUAACGAAACACGAGAGAAAUCACACGGGCAAUAAGGCAUAUUUCUGCCCUGAUUGUGGGAAAUGUUUUUCCCAUAAAUCAGAACUACUCAGACAUCACAGAACCCACACGGGGGAGAAGCCGUAUGCCUGCCUUCAGUGCGGGAAAUAUUUUUCGCAGAAGUCCAAUCUUUCCAAGCAUAAGAGAAUGCACAUGGGCGAGAAGGCGCUUAUCUGUUCUGAGUGCGGGAAAUAUUUUCUCCAUAAAUCUGAGCUGAUCAGACAUCUUAGGUCUCACACGGGGGAGAAGCCGUACUCAUGCCCUGAUUGCGGGAGAUGUUUUUCACUCAAGGCCAAUCUGAAAACGCAUCAGAGGAAUCAGCUGGGUAAGAAGUCACAUUCCCGUUCUUAA